GUCAGUAAUCCAAUUUAUCAUUUGUUUUGAGUGACCUCAGCUACAAAUAAAAUUUUAAUCGUAUAUUCUGUAUAUUUUAAAUGGACGCUGGGUAAUUUUAGUCAGUUUUAACAAAAUGCGCGCUUCAAUAACAUUGAUUCUGUUUACCUUCAUUGUAAUAAACGUCGUAAAAUGUAGAACCGGUCACGGCUCAAGUCACAGUAGUCACAGCUCUAGUCACGGUCAUAGCUACGGUCACAGUUCUUCACACUCCUACUCCCAUUCAUCACCAUCUUACUCUCACCCAUCGUACUCACAUCCUUCUCCAUCUUACUCCCAUCCAUCCCCAUCGUAUUCACAUCCUUCUCCUUCUUACUCGCAUCCAUCCCCAUCGUAUUCACAUCCUUCUCCUUCUUACUCGCAUCCAUCACCGUCGUAUUCUCAUCCAUCUAUAUCCCAUCCGGCCAGUCUUUCGUAUCCAGCUUACAAACCUCUUCCUUCCGCUCCGGUAUAUCGACCAAUCGGAUGGAACACCCAGAGUAAUACGAACACGAGACCCAUCGGAUUCGGAGACAGUCAUCCAGGACCUGUUGGUCCACCUAAACAAUCAUCUACACUAGGAAGUUCCUCUUCGAAUAAUGCACCAGCAAUUAGUAGACCAAUAGGAUUCGUUCCACCAGGAUCCCCGGGACACAGUACAGGGGCGGUUGGACCUCCAAAAACAGUUGCUGGCGUUGGAAAUACACCUUCAGGCGGGCAUUACGGAGAACGACCACCAGCCUACAAUCCCCACUACAAUCCAGCAGGUUACGGUUCACCUUCGACAGGUUACAACUUUCCACCUCCAGCUUACAGCCCGGCCGGACAUCCCGCUUAUAGUCCAGGAAGUUAUCACGCUCCUCCAGCUUAUAGUCCAGGAAGUUAUCACGCCCCUCCAGCUUAUACCCCGCACGCGUCACCGGGAGUUACCGUUAUUAAUAAUAACUAUCAUCCACCAGCUUACGUACCUACUUAUCAUUAUAGUACUACAGAUACAGGUAGCGGGAAUUUAGGAUUCUUCCUCGGUUAUUCCUUAGGUAGACUUACAUCUCCGAGUUUCCAUUAUCAUUCUAGCAGUUAUUACGAUCCAAUACCGAGGUACGACCAUUACACUGUUCAUCAUUAUUACCACAACAGUAAUGCGGUACCAAAAGAAGCUACCAUACAACCAAACGCGGUAGUUACUUGCGUCGGGGAUACAGGAUCUUUCUGUCCAUCUAAUACCACCUCUUUAUGUACCAAUAACGGAGCCGUGAUGUGCGUAGCUAGCGCUUCGACUACAGUACCAUGUACCGAUGUACAAAACACGAAUUGCGUCAAAAGUAUGGUACCUUGUUUGAAUAAUACGUCUCCAGAAUGUGCUGGAACUUUGAAAAAAACAACUGACGUUACUAUACCAUGUAUUUCCACUGCUAAAAUAUUCGCUAACGUCAGUUACGUUAAUAAUAGUGUUGUUAUAGUCGAUACUAAUUCGACUAGUAUCGAUAUUAAUAGUACUACUACUGUUUCAACUGUAACUACUACUCCACAACCGACUACACCUCAAACUUUUUGCGUUACUAUUUUAGCCCUACCUGCAGAAAGAAAAAUUCCUGAAAAUGAGAAAGUUAUCGAAAAGGCUGAUCAGAUUUUCGGUAGUUUUGCUACGAAAGUGCUGGGUUUAGCGUGAAGUGCUAGAUUUCUUGUAACAAAAUUUCUUCAGCUCAACCCUUUCCAAGCUAUCACGGUGUAGCGACUACAAUGGAGGUUUUAUUUUUUUUUUCCUAAAAUUUAAGUGGAAUAACAGUAAAUAAGGGGUGGUAAUUUAACCCCGCCAUCACAGGAAGACUGAAAAAUAAAGACUCAACUCAAGUCACCAAGUUUUUAGGGUGCAGGGGUGGGCUUAGGAAAUUUUGUUAUAAGAAAGACCAAAUUUUGUCGCAUGAAUUUAGAAACAUACUGUAUUCACUCAAUUAUUGCUUAUAAAUAGUCAAACAAUCGAAAUAAUAAGAAUGUUGACUUAUUUUCUCAACUUGUUUUUUUUUAUGAACACGAAAAUAAUAAUUGUAUAUAAAGAGAAUAAAUUUUUAUUAAGAAUAAUUUUGCGUUUUAUCAAAAUUACUGAGUUGUCACGAUGGAAUUUAAUAAAAAUCGUAUUUUUUGCAAUUUUGAAAAGUAUCGACUCACCCUGUAAGAUUUUUCAGACAUCAAAUAACUUGAUUUCUUCUUUGAAGUAAAUUACAAGUAAAAAUCAUUCAACAUUCAAUGAAAAAAUAUUAAUUACAUUCACAUAUGAUGAAAUUCAAUUAAAAUCGUAUUUUCAAUAAUUUUGAAAAGUAUCGACUCACCCUGUAAGAUUUUUCAGACAUUAAAUAACUUGAUUUCUUGUUUCAAGUAAAUUACAAAUAAAAAUCAUUCAACAUUCAAAGAAAAAAUAUUAAUUACUUUCACAUAUGAUGAAAUUCAAUAAAAAUCGUAUUUUCAGUAAUUUUGGAAAUUGUCGACUCACCCUGUAAGUUUUUACAGACAUUAGGUAACUUGAUUUCUUCUUUGAAGUAAAUUACAAGUAAAAAUCAUUCAACAUUCAAUGAAAAAAUAUUAAUUACAUUCACAUAUGAUGAAAUUCAAUUAAAAUCGUAUUUUGUAUUUUCAGUAAUUUUGAAAAGUAUCGACUCACCCUGUAAGAUUUUUCAGACAUUAAAUAACUUGAUUUCUUGUUUCAAGUAAAUUACAAAUAAAAAUCAUUCAACAUUCAAAGAAAAAAUAUUAAUUACAUUCACAUAUGAUGAAAUUCAAUAAAAAACGUAUUUUCAGUAAUUUUGGAAAUUGUCGACUCACCCUGUAAGUUUUUACAGACAUUAGGUAACUUGAUUUCUUCUUUGAAGUAAAUUACAAGUAAAAAUCAUUCAACAUUCAAUGAAAAAAUAUUAAUUACAUUCACAUAUGAUGAAAUUCAAUAAAAAUCGUAUUUUCAGUAAUUUUGGAAAUUGUCGACUCACCCUGUAAGUUUUUACAGACAUUAGGUAACUUGAUUUCUUCUUUGAAGUAAAUUACAAGUAAAAAUCAUUCAACAUUCAAUGAAAAAAUAUUAAUUACAUUCACAUAUGAUGAAAUUCAAUAAAAAUCGUAUUUUCAGUAAUUUUGGAAAUUGUCGACUCACCCUGUAAGUUUUUACAGACAUUAGGUAACUUGAUUUCUUCUUUGAAGUAAAUUACAAGUAAAAAUCAUUCAACAUUCAAUGAAAAAAUAUUAAUUACAUUCACAUAUGAUGAAAUUCAAUAAAAAUCGUAUUUUCAGUAAUUUUGGAAAUUGUCGACUCACCCUGUAAGUUUUUACAGACAUUAGGUAACUUGAUUUCUUCUUUGAAGUAAAUUACAAGUAAAAAUCAUUCAACAUUCAAAGAAAAAAUAUUAAUUACAUUCACAUAUGAUGAAAUUCAAUAAAAAUCGUAUUUUCAGUAAUUUUGGAAAUUGUCGACUCACCCUGUAAGUUUUUACAGACAUUAGGUAACUUGAUUUCUUCUUUGAAGUAAAUUACAAGUAAAAAUCAUUCAACAUUCAAAGAAAAAAUAUUAAUUACAUUCACAUAUGAUGAAAUUCAAUAAAAAUCGUAUUUUCAGUAAUUUUGGAAAUUGUCGACUCACCCUGUAAGUUUUUACAGACAUUAGGUAACUUGAUUUCUUCUUUGAAGUAAAUUACAAGUAAAAAUCAUUCAACAUUCAAUGAAAAAAUAUUAAUUACAUUCACAUAUGAUGAAAUUCAAUUAAAAUCGUAUUUUGUAUUUUCAGUAAUUUUGAAAAGUAUCGACUCACCCUGUAAGAUUUUUCAGACAUUAAAUAACUUGAUUUCUUGUUUCAAGUAAAUUACAAAUAAAAAUCAUUCAACAUUCAAAGAAAAAA